AAGAAUUGCAUAAGAAAUAGGCGAAGCUUGGCUUUGAAGGAGGCUUCAUUCAGAGACUCUCCUAUAAAUAAUUGCGGAGUGAAUGUUUCUAGCGUAAUCAUAGCGUAUGCACUCGCGAAAGCAACACUUGUAAAAAGACAUAAUGAGACUAUUGAUCGCAUCAGUUUGUUUCUUGGCUAUUGCCAAAGCCGCCCAGCUUACCGGAAAUGAACAAAUUCCAAUCCUCAGCCAAAACCAAGAAGUGAACUACGACGGAUCCUUCAGAUCUUCUUACGAAACUGGCAAUGGCAUCUCAGCAUCCGAAGAAGGUGUCCUGAAGAACGCUGGAAACAAAGAUGCUGAAGCCGAAGAAGUCCGUGGACAGGUCCAAUACACAGCUCCUGAUGGAUCUCCAAUUGUACUCCAAUAUAUCGCUAAUGAAAAUGGUUUCCAACCUCAGGGUGCUCAUCUUCCAACUCCACCACCAAUCCCAGAAGCUAUCCUCAGGUCUUUGGAAUUCAACGAGAGGAAUCCAGACCCAGAUGCAAACAAAUACCAAUAAAUCGUUUGGUUGAGUGGUUGUAAGACAUAGUCAUUUAUCAAUUAUUUAUUGAUAGCAUCUAGAUCAUCAAAAUGCCGCUGUAAUAUAUUUCUUCAACAGUUAUCAUUGAUUUUCCACUGAACUGUAUCAUUAUUCAUGUUAUUGUGAUAGUCACCUAAGUUUAGAGUGAUUUCCUAUAAAUAAAUGUUAUUCUGAUUGAAAA